AUGGCCAAGACUCGCGCCUCUGCCACCACCAUCAAGAAGCCUCGAGAAGGUCGUCCUCGGAAGCCCCAGGCCUCUGGUGAUGAGGCUGAGCGGCAGCCUGCUCCGUCUGCUACGACCAAGCGCAACCCUUCUCUCUCCCCUACUCCCACUCGUUCUCAGGCUCACCAGAAUUCUACACCUUUGGCUGGGGAUGAGAAAGAGGUUCAACGGAUCACCAAAAGCUUCAUUUCAAACGAGGCUGAUGACGUUCAUUGCCACUCUGAGACUUCAGAGGAUGAAGGUUCCGAUCAGGACAAGUACUGCGAGAUCGACACCUCGUUGAAGGUGAAGGAGCUGCAGGCUGCUAGGGCUCGUCGAGAAUCCCAGCAGGCUGAGAAGAUGGCUGGCAUCUCCUCUGACGAUGGCGAUUACCAUGUGGUGUUCCUGACAAUCAGAAGACGCCUAGGAACCUUCUAUGGGAAAGCUGAACGUCUCUCCAAAGUCUCCAUCUCCACACCCCUCAGCUUCCAAGCCUGUGGUCGAGAUCACUAUGACACCCCGUGGGCGUCAGCAGCGUCGCACCAAGUCAGAGUCAACAUCACUCACUUGACGCCAACGAAGCGUGGCAAGGCAGCCCAACUCAGGCCCCAGGCUGAGGACUCAGACGAUGACAUCAUGUCUGAAUUUGAGUUGGAGGCAGCUGGGGGGGCUGAAGACGCUAUGGAUAUUGAUGACGAGGACUCUAACCCAGAUGCUCUUUACGUGCUCAGUCCUGACCACACCACCAAUGGCACACCGAGCAAGAAGCUUGCAAGCAAGAUGUCCUCGAUCAAGAUGAAAGACAGGACUCCUUCGACUAGCUCGACUCCAACCAAGAAGAGAAACGUCAAGGUGCAAGCUGACAGCUUGGUUGACACUGCCUCUCAUGCUAGUGGUAGUCUUGUAUCUGCUUUCAAGGCGGCAGGCAAGCGUUCCAAGUCUUCUGAAGAUGAAGGCAGUGAUGACGCUCUCAAAACGUCUCCCACAAAAAGGCCCGCUUCUCUACAAGUCUGCGUCAACCCAGACCACGACCUGUCGGAAGUGAAAGUUGAACGCCUGGUGUUGCCUAAGCCUCUCAACAUGCAGAAGCUCAAGGACAAGGCCUCAAAGAGCACCACGAUCGCCAACAUCCGCCAUGGGCUGCCUGACUUUGAGAAUGACGGCAAGACGUACAUGGUGAACUACAUUCACCCACUGCAUGUGAGCCCCACUAGUAGGCUUCUGACCUCGAAGCACUACCCCACGGUGCAUCCAACGAUCUUUUACAAGACGUUGGCCAACACUGGCGACGGCAUGAAGGUCUUCAAUAUUGGAUGCGCUGACCCUAAGUUCUUCAAGAAGGUCUCCAAGUUCAAGGCUAACUCGUACUAUCUGUGUUUCGACAACCUGGCUCUUGGCAACAACAUAGCUAUUGGCUAUGCUGUUGGCAUGGUGAUCAGAGCGCACACGGAGAACAACGGGGAGUUCCAGUUUGGUGCCACGUCGUUAUACGGCAAAGGCAUUCACCUUGAGCUGCUCGGCAAGGCUGAUAAUGCUCGACUGGGUCCUUUUGUCCUUCGUGCAAUGGACUACCAGGAAGCAACGAUCGCCACUGGUGAAACUGCGCUCUUGAAGAAUGAUGAGCUUGUUAGCCAGGGUUGCUUCUGGGCACACUCUGCGUUGCACAACCCUGAACGUGCAAGUACCAUGACACCUCGGCCUAAAAGGUCAAUCUCUGGUCCUGUCCCGAAGAGCAUCCACCUCAGCUCAGAUGAGGACGACGAGGAAGUGGGUUCCUCUAGUCGCUCUGUGCGGCAGUCUGAUCCCAUCAAGGAUCUGAGUGACACGGUGAAGUCGUAUCACUCGCCCGAUGCCACCUACCCAGUCUGGGACGCCACUGCGCACUUCCAGAAGGAAGACAGAGUCGAGAGCUAUCUCCUCAACCAGCCUCAGUUGCUCCCUCGCUGCCUUCCUGGUGAGGGUGGUGAACCGCUCCAGCCUCACGAUCUGGCUGUCGUCUACUUCACCUGCAACUCUUACUCUAGUAAGAGUGGCAGUGACGACAAGCCUUCAAUUGGCUUCAACCUCUGCGGUGCAGUGAAGAUCGCCUCUCAUGUGUCGGUUGAGGAGAGCACCUAG